AUGCCUGGCAGCAAAGGUUCGAGCAGCAGCACGGCUGGCAAGCAAAGCGCGGGCAAGAUGCCUGCCAAGUCAAGCACAAAGCCAGCGGCAACACGGGCCAUGCCACAGCCACUGGCACCCAUGAGCGUGGAAGAGGCAACCGCCGUGUACGUGGGUUGGGCCGGUGCCCCUGGGCUGCGCGUUUCUGAGCUAAGCAGGGCCCUGCAAAUCGCGCACGCGAGCCAAGGGCUGGCUGUCGUCAGCGAGGACGACCUUUCACCAGAGGAGAUCCUGCGCCUGUGCUUGCUGGACUCGGAGCGCUACUCCUUUGUGUUUGUCGCCGUCGAUCCCGCGGAGGCCUCGGGUGGCGCCUCCACUGGUAUUGGAGCGGGUCAGACAGCCCGCAGCAGCAUAACCGUGAGCGCCACGGGUGUCCCAGUCCCACCCACGCCGCCGCUGCGUGCCGUGCGCGACAUUGUCAAGCACAAGCCUGCACUGGCGGAUUCGCCUGCGUCCGACCCUUAUCCUUGCAGAGAAUCCCCAAACAUGCGAUGGGAGCACCAAGCAAGCUCUGUUCUAGGUGUACCCGGUCUCAAGUUCAUCUGCGACAUCAAAACCUUUGUUGUUGACGCUGACCGCCUUCGCGCCCUUCCAAGCCCUGCGCUUGAGCCGCUGCUUGGCGAGCGGCUGUCGUUGGACCAGAUGCAGUCCCUCGUCGUUGAUCGCGACGGUUUGGCCACGGCUCACCGCAUGGUCCGAGGCGCCCGCUGGGAGCUGCGCGUGUGCGGGUCUUCGAGCGUCGUGUCAGCGGCCGUGUUUGGCGCACGUGUGUCCCACACCCGCACCGCCCCCAUCUCCGCCCUCUCCCACGCAGUCAUGCAGCGCAUUGCUCGCACUGGCAUCCACGGCAUCACACAUGCAGGCGUCGUCGACUCGUUUGCGAGCCCAGCGUUCUUCUGCUUGCCCAAGAUUGUUGAAACGCUCGUCAAGAAGCAAUGGCUCAUCAUGUUUGACAAGCAUAUCGCCGUUGGCCGCACGCGCCGCGCUCUCAGUGACGACGACCUCGCCUGCCUCGAAGGCUAUGUUGUGGCGAGUGUGCACGAUUACCCGCGCCUGCACCCGCUCGCCCAUAUCCGGCCUUCCAUCACCCUGGACGACCUCAUCUCGUUCCUGCUUUCGUGCGAAAGCCGCACUGUCGCCAAGAACGACGUUGAAUUCGUGCUGAAGCGCACAUUUUCGACAAACCGGAUCAUCCGCCACUUUGCGACACUGCGCAAGCACGACCUCAUCAGGGAGUUCCCCGCACUCGUUGAGGGUCACCGCACGAAAUGUGUGCAGUUUGUGGCUGAUAUGCCGUUCCUCUUGCACAAGCCAACCCUCUUCCAGCACCAAACAGAGACCUGGCAUAGAUCUUUGACCUUCUCGUGCGGACCGGUGUGGCGGCAUCACGCUGGCGGAGCUUGCAUCAUGCAUGAACCUCACAGGAAACACAACGCGCGUCGAACUCUUGCGUACGUGUCAGACAUAGCAUUGAAGACACUAAUCCAGCUUGAGGCGGUGAAGGCGUCCCAUCCGCCGGGCAAGUGGUGCCCCACCACCCGCUUCAUCGCCGCUCCGCACAUCCUCCAAACCCCGCUCUCCUCGGGACUCAUGGCGGCGGAGACGGAGAUUGGGCGGCGCAGCAAACGCACGCUGAUGCCGAAGACGAUGACGUUCAAGACCGAGCGCAGGCAGCGCCUCCUCAAGAAACUCAUGACGCAGAAGAAGGCGGUUGUGUUUGGAAAUCCGCUCUCGGAGCUGCUGCAGGCGAUGGAGAUUGAGGACACCGGCGACUCAUCUCACAUCACCACCCCUGUCACCGCCACUGCUGACAGCCGUUGUUCGAAUGGACCGAAAAAGGGCGAGCUGAACUUGGAGAAGGUGAAGCGGAAAGUUGUGUUUCCGACGGGUCUCGUUGAAACUGUCACCGUCGUCACCAUCAAGGGCGCGGACGACCAACACAUCCAACGGGCGUGCGAUGAGUACAUCAAUAGUGUCCUGUACAAGACGCAGACGAGAACGGUGGUCGAAAACCUGCCGCAGCUGAGCAUCAAGCGUCUUCGAGAGACAGACGCCCGCGGACGCGUUUGUCGCGAUUACUCGAAAUACAAGAAGAAGUCUGUGAGCGACACGGCCAAACCAUCGCCAUCCUCAACGGAGCACGCCGGCGACGAUGACGAGGAAGAGGAUGAAGACGAGGAAGAGGAUGAGGACGAGGAAGAGGAUGAGGAUGAGGAAGAUGAUGAAGAGAAAGAAGAGAAAGAUGCAAAGGCGCCUGUGAAGAGCCACGUGCAGUCUGUGUUGAGCGUGCCUGCAAGCACGGGCGCGCGCCCGCUGUACUCGCCAGCAGCCGCACAGGCGGCGCUGGGGGCAACUGCACUACAGGAGCGACCACAGACAAGGGACGACCUGCCCACAAUCGCAGAGCCCUCGUCGUCCUCGUCCGCCACCAGCCACCAUCACCACUACCACCACCACCAGCAGCAGCAGCAGCAGCAAGGGGAGGGUGCAUCUGCUACUGGUUCGUCAUCGACGCUCAGCAUCGCAGACGACCCGCGCUUCUUUGACAGAAUCGCCGACUCACAGUCUGCGAAUCGGCGGUAUGGGUAUCUGUGGCAGGCGCGCAUGCAGCGGCUGCGCCUGACGCAUCUGUUCUUCUGCGCCCUCAUCGAACCCGAGCUCGCCAUGAACACCCAAGAGGAGUAUGAUGCCUACUUCAACUCUCUUCCUGAGAUUCCCGCGUACAAGCGCUCCAUGAAGCACAAGCCUCUCGGGCUGCGUGAGAUCAACAUCGUUGAGGCGAUGCUGCAGAUGCCGCUGCGCCUGGCGAUUGCAGUGAUGGGCGUGGCGGGCCUCAAGGCCAAGCAGCGCAGUGCCCUGCUGGAGCAGACGCUGGAGCGCGGUGACAAUCCGCGCCUCUGUGACCUGCACACCGACCUCAAACCCGUCAUCCUCGGCACCAGGGCACUUCGCACGCUGCACAAUCUGAUUACGGUGAUGCAAGAGCUCGUCUCCGUUGGCGCUGUUGAGCUGGCGGACGACAACGCCGACGAGUCAAAGCGAAACAUUGUGACGCUUGCGCCUGAGGUUACGUUUGAUGACACGCGCACGGAAACGCCAGGCCAAGUGACCAUGAAGUUGAAUUCGCGCGCGGCGUGCGAGAAGAUGUGGGAUGAGCUGCUGAAUAUUUGCCGCGACACACCGGACAGCAUGUCCAACGUUGCAGCAGGCCUUCACUCCUCCCUCGUCGCCUACCUGCCCCGAGUCUGGUUCCCCAUGCUGGACCUCGAUGACUUCCUGAAGCCCAAGGUGUACGGCGGCCUGAUUGACCGCAGCAAGCGCGAGAUGUUCUUCACGGGCUGGGCCCCGCGUGUUGGCGUUCGCGUCAGCGUGCGGAACGGGCAGCUCUCAAACCGAUUUGCCUCCAAGCGCAACCGCCCGAGCGUACGGGCAAGCAAGCGUGCAAAGACAACCGACGAAGACUUCAAGGAGCCAGACGAGGCGCAUGACGAUACGCGGGACGCGGACUAUUCGCCACAGGCACCCGACGUCGCCGCCGUCAUCGCAAACCCGAAGCUCAAACUCAGCGACGUCCGCCCCGACACUAUUGAGAGCGUUCUGCGCACGAUUGUGAAUGCGCGCAAGUUCCGGCGUACACCGGACAUUCCGUCCAUUGCCCUCCAAUACGACCUCCCCGUCGACACCACUGCGAUCGUAUUCGAGGCGUUUGCCACCAAUGACAUCGACACAAAGGAUGAGCUGGUGCUGCCUGAGCUGAUGCGCGAGGCCAAAUCGCACUCCACGCGCAUUGCCUACCGCGUUGGCCCAGACGAGGAUCAUGCAUUUGGUGUUGAUCCAAAGCUGCUGCAGAUUUCCCCGCAGUUCAUGCAAGAGCUUGACUCCUCGCACGUGGAGCCGUCGGACCGCCUGCACAUGUGGCCGCUCCACCACCGCAUUGCACGCAGCAGCGACGAUGGCGAUGAUGAUGAUGAUGAUGCAGCGAGUGUGGCUGCGAGGUUGUUGGCGUCGACAGAUGCUUCGCCAGCUGUGCAGGCCAGCGCGCUCGCCAUGUUCCAGUCCAUCCACGCAGCAGGCGACAACGGCAUCACGUGGGAAAGCCUCUCAGCAUCGUCGUUGCCACCGCCGCCGCCACCGCCCUCUCUUGGCCCGGACGCGACCACAUUGGCAGCGAUUGCGCUGCUGCUGGAGCGAGGCGUGGUGGCCUGGGUGCCCAUGCGCAGGUACCCUGACGGGACUGAUGCCACGCACCAUCGCAUGCACACGGACGAUGACGACGAAAACGGUGGCGAUGGUGGUGGUGAUGAUGAUGAGGACGAUGAUGAUGAUGAUGAUGAGGAUGAGGAUGAGGAUGCAGAUGCUUCGCCCUCGAGCGACAUGGACAAGAGUGACGGAGAUGACACGAGAAAUGACCGGACAGGCCGUCCGGACGCGCUGGAGAUGCGGCUCCUCGCCAUUCCGUUUGCACGCGAAUGGACAACCAAAGCCGGUGUUGUUCCGCACGCGUGGACACAUGUGCGGGAGGAUGCGAUGCAGCAUGGCAUCUUCGACAUCACCUGCGACGCCGUUCUGCGCCAUAUCUGCCUCAACCCGGGCAUCUCCAUCUCGGAUCUCAUCCAGAAGCUGUUUCCGUUCUCCCAGGUUUACGAUACACUGGCCUGCGUGUGGUAUCUGCUGCACCUGAAGAGCGUUGGUCUGAUGCGCUCCUUUGCCCGCGAUCAGACGACUCACCCGGCCUUUGCACCGGCCGCCCCAGACACCAUGCCGCUCGACGCGGAUGGGCCAAGUGUGCUUGUGACACAUCCCCACGACCUGCUGCUGUUGGAGCCAACAGACACGCCCAUCUCUCGAACACUCGUGUCCCGCACAGCCAGUUGAAUUGGCGAGCGCUUCCUGCGAAGUCACUGGCUGCAUGUGUCGUAGUGUGUUGGUUCGUUUGUUUUGUGCUGUUGUUUUCUUGAGCCUCUUGUACAAGAUCAUAAACACUGUUAUAGUUG